AAAAUUUCCCAUUUCCUGUCUUUUUUCUCUCUCUCCUCUUCUCUCUAGAGAGAGAAGAUUAGGGCUCUCUCCUCUUUCUCUCUCUGUCUGACCUCGUUUUGACUCAAAAAAUUUCAGCUGAAAACAAUCGAAUCCAUUGAUUGCAAGCCGAAAUCUCUGCCGAUUCGUUAAAAGAUUUGAACUUUUUUUGGUAAUUUCUGACCACGGAUUCUAGGUGUAUAUGUUUGAUUCUGCUUGAUCUGUACUUUUACUGAGUUUCGAGGUGGUUAAUUUCUUUUCAGAUGAAGAUCGAUUAUUUUCCCCCUUUUUAUCCUAGAUUUUUGUGUUUUCAUAAUUUAUGAUGAUUAACCUUGUGGGUUUUUAAGUUUGAGGUGCUUAGAGAUAUGCGCUAGCGAUUUUUCACUUGUAUUAAUUCAUUAGAAAAAGCAAAAAAUGCCGUGUUAUCGCUUUGCUGGGGCCGAUUCGAUAAAGGGAAAAUUUUACAAUGUGUUCCAUAAAAUAGUUACGUCCUUUGUGAGAAAUACUGAAAAUAGCUGGCAUAAACUGAUUGUACAAUAAGAAGCUGUCUGUGACUACAAUUUUUAUAUAUGAUUUGUUUAAUUUAUUGUAAAAGUCAUAAUCUGAAGGGCUCUUAUUUUCCAUCAGCUUGCCUGUUACCCGAAAUUUUUAUUUGAAUUGUUCUUCGAUGAGGCAUGUGGUCAUUGAUUCUAAAUAUAGUUCCAUUAACUCAUAUCAUAUUCUGGAAGCAGUUUCUUACUAUGGAUUAGGUAUUUUCUGUUGUUAAUUAUGCUCUUUUACGGACCGAGAGUUUUAAGGUGGAAGUUAUAUGAGUUUCUGGAAGUUUUCCUGCUCUCAAGCAGGCCUAAAAGCUUUAGUUUUGGCAUGAUAAAAUAAAUUAUAUUGGUGCUCUUAUUUCUACAUAUUUGAUGAGUUCAAAAGGCUCUAUUCUUUUUAUAUGCCUUUUGAUCUUUUGAAACAACAAAUAAUAUGUGGGCUUUAAGAAUUUACGAAGGUUGCAGAAAGUAGUAAGUGUUUUCACAAUAUAAUUGACUGGAGGCAUUUUUAUGAUUCUUUUGUUAAUUGUGUUUGUUCAAUGUUGUUUAUAAAAUGAUGGUGUCUCUAGAUGUUUUCCCUUUUCAGGUUGCCAUUAGACAAGCAUUCAUUCAAUAUAUUCUUAAUGUGGGUAUAGUAUAUUUUUUUAUUCUCAGAUGUAGAUUCAUGAAUAUGAUCUUCGUGAAUGAUUAUUUUUAAUGUUUGAUAGCUUGAUUUCUGGUGAGUUUAUCAUGGUAGAAAAUUUCUUGAAGUGGAAUCCUAUUAUGUAGAUUACUCUCUUAAUAGGCUUAAGUAAUCUUGGCACGAUUUACAAAUUAUAAUUUGUGAUGUUCUUUUAUUUUAUUGCUGGUUCCGUAUCAUCCCUUGUUCAUGCCACUUUAUUUGUAUUUUUUUUCUUAUUGUAGUUUACAUUUGCUGAUGAACCUGAGUCAUGUGUAUGUGUUAGCUUCUUUGAAGCUUCAGUUUUGCAUGCAGUGACUUUACAUAUUUGUAAUUACACUGUGAGAUUUGCUUUGGAAAGUUUUGUUCAUUUGAUGCUGGCCUUUUUUCCUUUAUUCUCAUUUUCUUCUCUGUAUGAAGUUUUCAUUAAUAAGAAGAUUUAUUUGUUUAAAGAAGUUUCCAGUUAUGUAAAACUUGCUAUUCUAGCUUGAGAAAGUGUUUGAAACUUUGCAUUCAGUCUUUAGAUUUUUUAGUUUCGCAGACUCAGGAUUUUGACAAUUACCAAGGUGUCCUUUAAAGAAGACUGCACCAAGAAAUUUCUUCCUGGAAACUUACAGUCUGAAGGACACGUGUCAGUUAAUAUCCAGAUUAUCAACAUGCCGAAGGAAAGAAGAACUCGUUCUGUCUCCUUUGAAGCUCGGUCUCAUGCAUCCCCUUAUCCAUGUUGCAGCUCAUCGUCUCACCAUCAUGGUUCCUCUUCAUCCUCACGAAACUCACCAGAAUCUCCAGUUGCAGCAACCAAAGACACAAAACAAUGGGAUGAAGUCAGAUGCCCUGUGUGCAUGGAAUUCCCACAUAAUGCUGUUCUCCUCGAUUGUUCUUCUGGCGACAAAGGUUGCCAGCCUUUCAUGUGCGACACCAGCUACCGCCACUCCAACUGCCUAGAUCAGUACAAGAAGGCCUUCUCAGGAUCCUCAUCAGAAAAAGACGUCAAUAAUCAGGAACCAUCGAAGCUUUCAUGCCCUCUUUGUCGUGGAAAAGUCACUGGGUGGGGAGUAGUGGAAGCUGCUCGCCGAUAUAUGAACUCCAAAGUCAGGAGUUGCUCCAAAGAGUCGUGUGAGUUCACUGGUUCCUACAAUGAGCUUAGGAAACAUGCUAGGAAUGAUCACCCAUUAACUAGGCCAACUGAGGCCGACCCUGAGCGUCAGCGAGAUUGGAGGAGGAUGGAACAACGAAUGGAUCUCGGAGACCUCUUCAGUACAAUGCAGUCAGCAAUGAGUGUAGAGGAUGGAGGGCUUGGGGGUCUCCUAGAGGAUGAUGAAGAGGUUGGGCUGAGGAGCAUCUUCCACGUCUCCUCAAUGGCUGUCCUGCUUAUAUUUAGGGUUAGUUCUGCUGGAGGCAGUGGAUGGACUUCUACAAGGUCUUCUGUAAGGAGGCGAAGAGGGAGGGGAACCCUAUGGGGAGAGACUUACAACGAACCAAUGAUUGAUGACAUGGAUAGCAAUGAGAAUGAGAAUGGCAACGGCAAUGAAGAUGAAGGGGACGAUGAAAUUGCUCGUGGGUCUGAUGAGGUCACUGCGGCCCCAAGACGAGGCCGGAGAAGGCGCCGCCACCGGAUGAUGGUGUCAGACGAUGAGGUUGGUGAUGAUGACGGCGAUGAUGAUGGAGACUUACCGUGAAUGCUAAGAUUCAUACCUCUAUCAGUUCUCGUCUCAAGAGCUGGUUGGGGGUUUUCAUCGGAUGCUUGCGUUCCGUGCUAAUAAGUUUGCGGUUCCCUGAAGCCUCUCUAUCAGGGCAAGCAAAAUGGAGAAGAUCAAGGAUUUGGAAAGGAGAAAAGCAGCAGCACAGUGAGUGAUGGUGACAAAAUGGGUUGAGAUUCUGCGAAUUCUUUUAUGUUUCUUUUGUGUCAUUGUUUUUUGAAUGCGUCCUGCAUUCCAUACGAUAUUUUCUUUUUAACAUUUGGUAUGAAUUGAAGUUGUGAAAGCCUUGCUCGACUGUGAACUUUGAGGUUUGUAAGUGUAAGCUGAUUAAGUUUAUAUAAGCGCGGGGGAUGCAAGAAGCUGAAUGUUUUGUGAAA